UAAGAGGCCUCGCCGGUCGGCCCUGCUUUAUGUCAGUCGCAUCGGCCUGGUGCACGCUUCUCCUCUCUUGACCAAUUCCCCCCCAAGACUCCACAUAACCAAGAGAUAUGGCACCCAAGAGGGGCAAGAGGAAGCAGAAGGGAGGAGAUGCCGAGGGAGGCUCCAAUGUCUUCUCCAUGUUCGAGCAGAGCCAGAUCCAGGAGUACAAAGAGGCUUUCACAAUCAUUGACCAGAACAGGGAUGGCAUCAUCAGCAAGGACGAUCUUAGGGACGUCUUGGCCACCAUGGGCCAGCUGAACACCAAGUCUGAGGAGCUCGACGCCAUGAUCAAGGAGGCCCCCGGCCCCAUCAACUUCACUGUCUUCCUCACCAUGUUCGGCGAGAAGCUGAAGGGUGCUGAUCCCGAGGACGUCAUUGUUGCCGCUUUCAAGGUCCUGGACCCCGAGGCUACUGGCUCCAUCAAGAAGGAAUUCCUUGAGGAGCUCCUGACCACCCAGUGCGACAGGUUUACCCCCGAGGAGAUGACCAACCUGUGGGCUGCCUUCCCCCCAGAUGUGACUGGCAACAUUGACUACAAGAACAUCUGCUACGUCAUCACCCACGGAGAGGAGAAGGAGGAGGAGUAAAUCGCUCUCCAUCUCUCUACCUCUCUCCCUCCUCCCCUCUCUUCUCCCCUCCUUCUUUCUCUCUCUUUGUCUUUCUUUCACUCUUUCUCCCUCUUUCUGCUUUCACACUGCUCUCUUUUCCUUCCUUGGCGCACUCCCGUUCCUCUGCCCUGCGUCCUUCCUUCCUCUCACUUGCGCAACCAAAGACUUGUCUCCGAGUGGAGAUGUUCUGAGUGCUUGGUCUGAAGGCCCAGAGGCCGUGAAUGUGUGGGGCACCAGUGGUGGACAUGGGAUUAUUUUCAAUAAAAUAACCUUGAAACAAGAAAGCCAGCGACCUCUCUCUUUCUGUCCCUCCCUCUCGCUCUCUCACUUGAGCUUUAUCUCUCUCUCUCUCUCUCUCUCCCCUCUUUCUGUUCUUUCUUCCACCACCACCACCACCACCACCAUCUUCUCCUCAUCUCCCUUCUUUUCAUUUCUCUGCCUCUGUCAGUCCUGACCAGCAGUGCUCGGUCCAUUCCUACGACGCCAUGUAUGCAUACUGUGUCCAGGCAGCAGUGCAGAUUCAGGGCUGUAGCGGAGAAGCCGUCUUUUUAAAAAACUCUUGGGUGCGGUGGAACGCGCCCGAGGGACUCACCUGAAACAGGUGAACCCUUGGCCCCUCUGGCCUUCCUCUUUAAUCACAUUGGGGUGGGGCUGGGGGGGACUGCUGGUGCAGGAGUGCCGAAGUUGUGGAGCGGCACACUCCCUUGUUGUUUUUUUUUGUUCUUGUUUUGAUGUAAUCACGUGAAGGAGAGGGGUUUAAAAGACAGGGGUGCCUUUAUUUAAAUUCUAAAAUAGAAUACCUCGCCCCUGUCUUUCAGCGACUCUCAUUCUCUUCCCUGGAGGCUAGAGAAUUUAGAGGGGUUGCUUUUUUUAAUAUUGGAAAAAAGCAUGAGGACGAAAUAGAUCGAAAGAAGACAAAUGUUUCACGAAGAUCUAUUGUUUUUGUUUUCUUUUUUUUCCUGUGACAAGAGUUUAUGGUUGGGAUGUGUUCAGAAUGAGAAAGAGAAAAUAAAAUGAAAAAAGACCAUUUUCUUUGUUUUGGCAUCUUCUUCUCUUCUACACCAUCCCUUCCUUAUUUCCUUCCAUCCUUCCUCCUUUCCUUCCACCCCUCCCUCCACCCAUCCCUCCAUCCAUCCCAUUCCUUUUCUAUUCCUCUUCUGCUCUGUCUAUCCUUCUCUCUGAAAGCAAAAAACUAACUGUAACUUAUUAACCAAGCAAAUAAAAUCAAGAACUUUUUUCGUAA